AUGAGAACUACUAGUGGUGAAAUAGUGGAGACUUUACCAAGAUCCUUUCAGGUACAUAGUGAAAUAUGCAUGGAAUUGAUGAGUAUUGGAUGA